CGGAGGGGAAAAGGAAGAGCGGGAAGCCGAGGGGCCUGCACAGAGACACAGGGAGGGGAAAGGGGGGGACUUACUUUUCGCGCCCCUCCCCCCCAUCCCUGCUCCCAAGUUUCGCGAGACUUGGAUUCUCGUUUGUGUGCUUUAGGCGUGAGCUCCUACUGCUGAAGGGGCAGGACAGAGAGCUUGAAGUGGUGGCCACAGGCACUCCUGAUUGACCCGAGCAGGGCUGGGAGGAAAGACGCCACCAGGCCCCGGCGCAGUUUCCUUUCAAAGGGUCUUCCACCUCUGGGGAGGAGGGUCCUCGUAGUACUAACCUCUAAUUCUCCAACUCCCGGCACCAUCAUCGUCAUCAGUAUCCGCCUGCCUGCAACAACUGCCCACUUGCUGGCAUUAGAGGGAUUGGGUCAGCUCAGCGAGUAUUUGGCUAGCCCACUGUGCCCCAGGCUUGCAUUGUACUGGGCGCUGGAGGUCCCAAGAAAGGCAGAAAACAGUAUGGCUGCAAGCCUGUGAUCUUCACAUCUACGUGGCCCAGCUGGAAUCCCGACCCACCUGGGGGAUACAAAGAAAAAAUGUCUUAUCACAGAAUGAGAGAGCAAGUGAAAUAAAAAGUGGCUCGUCACAGACGGCAACUUGAGAGUCCGAAGGGGCAGGACAAGGGAAAAAGUCUAAUUUUAAACAUUCGAGCCUUUUGUAGAAGUGGGCUGAAAUAGGGAUCAAGACUGGAUUUAGGACUGAUUUUUCUUUACUCUUUUGAAGUCAACCUCAUAUUUAGAGACUUUUUAGUGUGUCUGGGAGGCAAUGGUUCUCAGACUUUUUGGUCUCUGGACCCCCUUUUUGCUCUGAAAAAUUGAGGACCCCCCCAAAGAGCUUUUGUUUAUCUUUCUUUUGGACUGCCUGAAAUCCCUAAGUAGCAGGAUGUCUGUGACGUUGCACACAGAUGUAGGAGAUAUUAAAAUAGAAGUCUUCUGUGAGCGGACACCCAAGUCAUGUGAAAAUUUCUUGGCUCUUUGUGCUAGUAAUUACUACAAUGGGUGUAUAUUUCACAGAAAUAUCAAGGGUUUCAUGGUACAAACAGGAGAUCCAACAGGUUCUGGGAAAGGAGGCAACAGUAUCUGGGGGAGGAAAUUUGAAGAUGAAUACAGUGAAUAUCUUAAGCAUAGCGUUCGAGGAGUUGUAUCCAUGGCUAAUAAUGGCCCAAACACCAAUGGAUCACAAUUCUUUAUUACUUAUGGCAAGCAGCCUCAUUUGGACAUGAAGUACACAGUGUUUGGAAAGGUAAUAGAUGGCUUAGAGACUUUGGAUGAACUAGAAAAGCUGCCAGUGAAUGAAAAGACUUUUCGACCUCUUAAUGAUGUACACAUUAAGGAUGUCACCAUUCAUGCCAACCCAUUUGCUCCAUAGCUCUAGUGUCGUGGACAAAAUUUUGUCAGGCUUGAUACAGGAAACAUCUUACUCCUGUUCACAAGCUUCAUUAUGCCACAGACUCCAUCUUUACUCAUUUACAAGUAAGGACUCACACAGUUGUGCCCAAGAAGGGGGACAUAUGGUUUUUUCAUGCCAACUCUGAAAAGCUUGUUCACUAUGAAAUGAUGGAAAAAAGCUGAAACAGAAUAGCACAACACACCAUGACAUUGUGUGUAUUAAUUUCCUGUCUCUAGCAAAUAUUUAAGAGAAAAAAUCAUAUAUGUAUUAAUGAUUUCUUUCAUAAAAGGACGUAAAAGGGGGGCAGCUAAAUAGUGCAGUGGUAAAGCAUCGGCCCUGGAUUCAGGCGGACCUGAGUUCAAAUCUGGCCUCCAACACUUGACCCUUACUAGCUGUGUGACCCUGGGCAAGUCACUUAACCCUCAUUGCCCACAAAAAAGAAAAAAGAAAUAAAUAAAAGUACGUAAAAAAAGUCUAGUUUUCAGAAAUGAAAAGCUACAGAAAACCAGUCAGUUAUGAUACAAUGUGAUGUUGGAUUUGUUAUUUAAAAAAAAAACAACAAAUAAAACAAAUGUAUAUACCUUGGAUAAAGUUCUUUUUAAAAAAAAAAUUCUGAGCUUCUUAAUAUAAAACAGAAAUUUACUUUUCUGGUAAAAGUCAGUUUUUGUGGGAACGAACACUAUUUUAGAGUUUCGAGUUUAUAGAUAAAUGCAUAAGAUUUACCCAGAAAUAAACUAGGCCUUUAGUUUUAAGAGCCAGCAGUGAAUAAUCAAAAUAGCCUACAUGCAAAUAUUAUCACAUGCUAUAAGAUAACAGAAAACAUUAACAUCCACCCAAAUAGAUAAUAGGAUGAUAAUUUUAUUAAUUUUCAUAAAAUUGUAAUUUAUAUCUUUGUCAUUAAAGCUGAAUGAAACUUAUGGCAGUGGCUUUGUGGAGAGGGAUAGGAUGCUGGUCAGAAAAACCAGGGGCUAAUCCUGCCUCUGAUACUAGCUGUAUAGUCACAUGACCCCAAACAAGGCUCUUAAAGAUCCAAGUUCAAAUCCAGACUCAGAUUUACUAGCUUGUGACCUCUGGCAAAUCACUUAAUUUCUAUUUGCCUCAGUUUUAGAGACUUUAGAGAAUGGUGUUGCCCUCUACAUUAAUAGGGAAGGUAGGAGCUGGGGAGGGUUUUGGGGAAAGUAAUUAGUUCUCUUUUGGACAUGUUAAAUUUAAGAAGUCUACUGGUUGAUUUGUUCCUCCCAGAACGUCUGAUUUAAGGAGGAGGCCCAGGGGAAAGAUGUCUUCAUUCCUCUCCAGGUUGCACUGCUGACACUGCCACAGGACUUUUGUUGCUAUGCCCCCCCCCCCAUUCAGAUAUCUUUUUCAUCACCAUGUCUUUCAGCUUCUUUUUGCAUGUUGUCUUCCCUCAUUAGAAUCUAAGUUCCCUGAUACAAAGUGAAAUGAACAGGAGAACACUGUAGACUAUAACAGCAAUAUUGCACAAUGAAGAACUGUG